AAACUACUUUAGUAAGCUAUCAAUCGCUGACAAGGAAGGUUCCACACAUUUUCCUUCCAAAAAACAUUUCUUAAAUCCGUGAAAAAAAAACAUUAUCUGAUAUUCGAAUGAUAAAUAUUGGUGACAAUUUUGUACAUUCGUGACCAAUAUGUAACCUGAUAUUUGGGCAGUUAGAAAACUAGAGUUGAGAUCUCCGCUGCUGGAGACUGUAACGAGGGAAUGAAGAGACAGCGUAGAGUCUCCAACGUCAGGGCCAUGGAUUAGUCCUGCUGUAUAAACAAUUCAAUAUGCACUCCCCGGCUCACUGAUAUUCAACCAACCAACCCAUUGUGUUCCACAAAUAUAUUUUGGUGGAAAAAAAACACUGAAAAAAUUUUAAAAUGGAGACCGAAAGAAUGAAGAUUAGCCAUACUCUGUCUCUCUCCGAGACCACUAGUCUAAAAAGAGAUCAGAACCAGAACGAGGAGAGUCCGAAUUUUGUCAAGGAUCCGUCAUUGCGCAUCGGAACACGCCUUACAAAAAGCGCGUCUUGGUUCAAUUCCUUAUCCCGGCGGGCGUCGAGAAAAACGCCGAUUAAGAAACGAUCUUUUGCCGCAUUUUCAUCUGGCAAUGAAUCUUUCACUGCUCCGUGUCCUCGUUUAAACAACGAUAUAUCACAACUUUGCGAAAAAAUUCGCAAAACUUAUCGAGGGUAUACCAGGUCAGAUUGGGAUGUUCGAAGGAGCCCGGUUUUGGUCGCCCCUGACUUACUUUUAGGGGCACCUAUCCACUCCACAUCCCGGUCAACUGAUUGUUUAGACUUGGACUCCACGUCAGCAGGUAGUUUUUGCGACGUCGCUACGCCGACUUUAGAGCCGGCGUCGCCGUUGCAAACCUGUCUUUGUCAUUCUGAAUCCUCCCCGACCCGAUACAGGGUUCGGUAUAGGGAGAAAAUGCGUAAAUACCAUGCCGUCAUUCGACUAAACAAUUCUACAUCAGAUAUGUCAACCCUCGACCUGUCGAACCUGGAGGAGGGGGAGGUGCCUGAAAACCCCGCCCUCUACUACACUAUAGAUUCUAGGAGGCUGGCCAGCAAACAUAAGAAGAGCUUAAAAGAAAGAAAGUUGUUGAACGGCGUGAAGAGGUUUAACUUGGACCCUGAGGAAGGUUUAAAAUAUCUUCAGGAGUUUAACUUCAUCGACAACAAGCCGGAGUCAGUCGCUAAAUUUCUUUUUCGACAAGAGAGAUUGUCGAAGAAACAAAUAGGAAAAUAUUUGGGAGGCCAUCAUCAAUUUAACAAAGAUGUUCUCCGACAUUUUGUUGAAUGCCAUGAGUUUACCCAGUUACUACUAGUCCAAGCCCUCAGGCAGUUUCUCUGGAGUUUUAGGCUGCCUGGUGAAGCCAUGCAGAUCGACCGAGUCAUGGAUGCCUUUGCAGCCCACUACUGUAGACAGAACCCUUAUCUUUUUGAGGAAACAGACACCUGUUUUAUCCUGUCCUUCUCUAUCAUCAUGUUGAACACUGCCCUUCACAACCCCAACGCCAAGAUGAAGAUCACGGCGGAGCAGUUCAUCAAACAGAACAAGGGAAUUAACUCAGGAAGAGAUCUUGCGCCAGAUAUGCUGGAAGCCAUUUUUAGAAACAUAAAGGAGGAACCGUUUAAAAUUCCUGAUGAAACCUACGACGACCUUAUGUACACAUUCUUUUCUCCUGAACGAGAGGGCUGGCUUCUAAAGCAGGGUGGAAGUUGGAAGAACUGGAAGCGAAGAUGGUUUGUCCUCAAUGAUCGUUGUCUCUACUAUUUCCAACAUACCGCGGAAAACGUUCCCAAGGGAAUCAUUCCUCUCGAGAAUGUGCGCGUGCGCGCGUUGGAUGAAAAAGACGGAAAGAGAUGGGUGUUUGAGAUUUACUCUGAACAAGCAGAUAUCAUUAAAGGAUGCAAGACUGAUAGUUCUGGAACUGUUGUUCAAGGAAAUCAUAAAUCCUACAGAAUGUCAGCUACGAGCAAAGACGACAUGGAUCAGUGGAUCGAGUGUAUCCAAGACUCGAUCAGAGACAAUCCCUUCCAUAAGAUCAUCGCCGAUAAAAAAGCUGCCAUUCGGCGACGAAGUGGGAAUAAGGUGAUCGUCCCGAUCAUCCCAGCGGCGGCCGGGGAUGGGAUGUCUCAGGACGAGGACGAUUAAAAAAGACGACCUCCAGGUUCUUAAAGAGCUUUGAUCAGCGGCUAGUGAAUUUUUAAGUGAUUUCAUUCAUUUUUAUAUUUUGGACUGAGUCCAAAAGUCCAUCAAAUCUUGUUAUUAGAAAAGAGUGUCCUAACUUGUCUUACUUUUUGUGGUCUAACAAGACCGAAUCUCUUCCCUUUGUCGGUGAUAAUUAUAGAAAAAUCGUAUUUGGAGGAUUUGUUGAACUAUAAUUGCUAUAUUCUUAUAUUCUUACAAAACUGUUUAAAGUUCUAUAUAUAUUAAAUUAAUGUAAGUUCUAUGCUCCUUGACGAAUAUGUGUCCAACAUCACCGACACUCUUCUUCUUUCCCUAGUAUUUUUUCAAUGCUGUAUUAUAAUUAUUUUAUUGAGAAUAUUUUAUUAAUAAAUGUUAUCUGUACACUCA